UUAUGCGCAUGCCCGAAAAAUAUGCAAUGGCGGAAGCAACUCCCAAGAAAACUCGAAAUGAAAAUUGGAAGGUUUUAGAGAAAGUACCAGAGGAAGACAGUAAUCGACAAGGGGUCAACACCAAACAUGAACACCUGAUAACAGAAAUAGAAACCUCAGAUGGCCCACUGGCCACCGCUUUAAGGGCAGUGUAUGACGAUGAUGAGCUCAACAAGUUUGUGGAGCUGCUGGCCUCGCGUAUCAAGUUUCACGACAGUGAGAUAGAGCGUAUGUGCAACUACCACUACCAGGGCUUCAUUGACUCGGUCAGAGAACUUCUACAAGUUAGCACAGAUGCCGCCCAUUUAAGGGGUGAAAUAGAUGCGACAAACACAGCCUUGCAAGUGUCCUGUGAGCCAUUGCUGCGAAAUGGCGACGGUCUGGUGCGAUACAGACGGGUACAGAAGAACAUCGCCUCCGCCAUUGAGCAGCUGUCUCUGUGUCUGCCAGUUCUGGAAAUGUACAGCAAAUUACAAGAACAGAUGAAAACCAAACGAUUCUACCCAGCACUGAAGACCCUGGAGCAGCUGGAGCACACCUACCUACCCCGGGUGAGCAGCCACUGGUUCUCCCAGACCAUGGCGGAGGCCAUACCACAGCUGAGAAACCGGAUCAAGGAGGCCAGCAUGACCGACCUGAAGGACUUCCUAGAGAACAUACGCAAACACUCCGCCAAGAUUGGCGAAGUUGCUAUGCGCCAUGCAGCAGAACAGAACAACAUGGACCCUUCGAUUGCUCGUAAGCGUGAAAAGAAGCGUAAGGCCCCGGCUCCACCCAACCCUUUCACAGGGGAGAGGGACCAGGACAGCGACCAGGAAGGGGCCGCUGGGACAGAACACCGCUUCACUGAUGAGGAGGAGUUGAGCGCCCAGGAUCUGAUAGAUUUCUCACCUGUAUACAGAUGUCUUCACAUUUAUACUGUCUUGAGUGAUCGUGAACAAUUUGAAACCUACUACAGAAAGCAGCGUAGAAAACAGGCCCGGCUGUCACUCCAACCUCCGCCAAAUAUGCAUGAAUCCAUUGAAAAUUACAAGAAGUAUUUCCAUGAUAUUGUUGGGUUUUUUGUAGUGGAGGAUCAUAUAUUGAGCACAACACAGGGCCUUGUCAAUCGAGCAUACAUUGACGAGUUAUGGGAGACCUCGGUCAGCAAGAUUGUGUCUGUCUUGAGAACAAACUCGGCUCAGUGUAAGGAAGGUGUGAUCAUGCUGCAAAUCAAGAUGCUGAUUGUUUUAUUCUGUCACACACUUAAGGGUUAUGGGUUCAGUGUAGGACAUUUAUUAGAAUUGCUGCUAGAACUUAGAGACCAGUAUAGUAAUACGCUGACUCGACAGUGGGUGGGGGUAUUCAAUGGGAUAUUCUCGGAGGACAACUAUACACCAAUAUACGUGGAGGAGGAGCCGGAGUACAUAUCUGUGAUAACUCAGUUCCCAUUUGUAGAUGAAGAACUCCAACAGUCUCCUUUUCCAAAGCGGUUCCCGUUCUCAGAGUUUGUGCCCAAUGUAUACAAUCAAGUGAAGGAAUACAUCAACGCAUGCUUGAAGUUUUCAGCUGAUUUACAUCUAAGUCACACAGAGAUAGAUGACAUGAUCCGAAAGUCAACCAAUCUGUUGCUGACACGGACACUCAGUGGCUGUCUAACGUCACUCAUCAAACGACCAAAUCUUAGUCUUUUACAAUUAAUCCAGAUAUCCAUCAACAUGAACUACUUGGAGAAGUCGUGUACACAUCUAGAGGACUAUAUCUCCAGUAUUACAGGAGCUGAAAAGGACAGUGUCCAUGCAGCUCGACUCCAUGGAAUAUCCAUGUUUAAAGAUGCCAGAAGUGAGGCAGAGGAUUACAUCUAUAAGAAACUGAACCAGAAAAUAGACGAAUUCCUGGACCUUGCAAUUUACAACUGGGCCCUACCAGAGAUCAGUCAUCGGCCCAGCGGCUUUGUGAUGGACCUCAUUGCUUUCCUGCAGAGCAUAUUCAUGUCCUUUACCAAUCUGCCGGGCCUCACUUGUUAUCCUGGGGAGAAGGUUGCCAAGACUGCAUGUAUGUCUGCCUGCAAGCACAUCGCCAACUCAUUGAUGAGUUUCCUUCUGGACAACAACGUGACCUUAAUGACAACCUUUGCCCUGCAGCAGUUCAACCUGGACGUGCACGAGUGUGAACAGUUUGCAGCGUCCGAGCCAGUGCCCAGUUUCAAUGAUGGCACCCUGCAGCUUGCGUUUGCAGACCUUCGACAGCUACUGGAUUUAUUCCUGCACGAUGAUUGGUCUUCGUAUCUCGCUGACUUUGGCAAUCCCAAGGCCAAAUACGUCCGCGUGAAACCACAGGUGGCCGUGAGUCUUAUGGAGAAACUGAGCAAUUCAGAGAAGAAGAAGACAAAGGUGUUUGUGUCUUUGAAGAAAAAUGAGAGGGACAAGAAGAAGUUACAAGAAGUUGUUCUGAAGCAGUUGAAGGGUCUGGUGAAUGGACAGACAGCUCCUGGAACAUGAGAGCUCAUUGGUCUGUUGAAGGGGUGUGUUUGACAUUCCAACGAAUGGUUGAAGUCCUUAUAUCCCCAAGAUCUUUUCUCCUGGAACAUGAGAGCUCAUUGGUCCAUUUUAGGGGUGUGUUUGACAUUUCAACGAAUGGUUGAAGUCCUUAUAUCCCCAAGAACUUUCUCGUGAAACAUGAGAGCUAAUUGGUUCUUUUUAGGGUUGUUUUGGCACUUAAACCAAUGGUUGAAGUCCUUAUAUCCAAAAACUCUUUGUGCUUGGGCUUGCAUUUUGUCCAUUCAAAGUGUGGGUUGGGCAUUUUGGCCAACUAUUAGAGUUCAUAUAUUCUUUCGUUAAUGGUGGAUGGCUUGAGAAAGUACUGGUCUUAAGAGUUGUUGAAAGCUUUCAUCUCAAACGGUUGAAGUCCAUGUAUGAUGUACUAAAUUUUAAAUGUCAUGAGAUGAUUGGUCCACAUAAGUGAUGUGUCUGUUAUUUCAACCUAUGGGCUUAAUCAAUGCAUGAUGUAACUCAAUAUGCUGUGAGAUAAUUGGUCAAUGCAUCUCUCAUUUCAACCAGUGGGUGAAGUCCAUGCUUCAUGGAACUAAGGAUCAUGUACUAAAACAUGAUGAUCUUUAAAACAGCGUGUCAACAUUUCAGUAAAAGGUAAAAGUCGGUAUUUACCAUAGCUGUUUGGUGCCCUAUCCGAGAAUUGUUCAGGAGUAAAAACUGUGAGUUUCAGAGUCUUUUGUCCUUCAAGUCCUAGUGUGGAAUACAAACCAAAGUGAUUCUGUUCCAUGUAUUAAUACAAACAUAUGUUUUUGAUAGAGUUUAUUCAAUGUCUAUGUUGGCUAUGUAUAUUGGCAAAACAAAUCUUACUCUGAUAUGAACCCCAUCCUGCGAAACUGGGUCGUAUUCCAUGUAAGGCUAGCCUGUGCAGAGGUGGACGCAUAUGGCUUAAGUUCCAGUAAUGCAUGAAUCGGAUAAUAUAUUAUCUGAUAUACUAUUAAAACCAGCAUUGUCUUGCAUUGAACAUUAAAGUAGGAGAAAUUCCCAUGUCAAAAUAUUGCAUGUAGUCUCAGCUUAAUUAUCAAACAUAAAAAAGCAAUGUUUUUAAUGGAAGUAUAAAUUAUGAUCAUUUAACACAAAUGUGGAUAUUAACAUGUCACUUGCUUGGCAGGUUUCUGUGUUAUCCAUAGCCUGGUAGGUUAAAUUGUCAUAUUGUCACAUGCUCACUUUAUUUUUUUUGUUUUUUGUAAUAAGAUUGAUGAUUCCAGCAUUUCAAUUGUCAAGCUGUUUUGUGAUUGCUUCAAUCGGUACUGAAAAAUCUCUGUCAAGUAUUGGACACUGAUUCAAGAGUGUAUUAAAAUUAGAAAAAACACUUGCAAAUAUGUGCAAUGUAAAAAAGUGCUAAAUUUCCUGGACAUUUUAUCUUUUUACCUUUGACCUCAGUUUGUUUCAUGGGGUAUGACUCUUAUGACAAUGCACAUAUAUUGCUAUUGUUAUGUUUAUUAUGAUAAUUUAUAUUAAUCAGCAAGUAGAUGUCCUUGUUGUCCUUAUUAUUAUAAAAAUGUUAAGCAAGUAUAAAUAUGUGCUGAUUUUCUUGUUAUUUAUGCAAAUCUGUAGUUAUUAUUUAAUUUUACUCGUAGCAUGCAAAAAUGGUUAUUAUGCCAAAAGGAGAGCCUAACUGCUGGGGCAAUGGCGCUGUCUGGUUAGGUACUACACUGUCUGGUAUUUGAUGCACUGGCUAGACUGGAUAUGGCAUAAGACACAUUUUCGCAUGAUGUGGCUUAUAUAAAUACGAUCUGCAUAUAAAGGUGGAUAUACAUGUAUCGUGAUUUCUUAUUUUUGUAUCAAGCAUAUUGAUAUAAAUGUAAAUCCCUUUAUUAUGAAAUCAGCCUAUUUUGUGAUUUCUUAUUAUUGUAUUAUAUUGAUAUAACUGUUAAGUCCUCAUUUUAAAAUUAGCCUAUUGAUAUAAAGUAUAUUGUGAUUUCUUAUUGUUAUAUCAAUCAUUUUGAUAUAUGUAGUAAGUUAUUCAUGAAUCCAUAGUUAUAGACCAUAUUGAUAAACUGUAUAGCAACUAUUCAUUAGUCAUGCAAUACUCAAUAAUGUGAUAUUUUGGUUGGAUACAUGUGCUUUUCUUUUCAUUUUUUGUAAAAAUGCAUGUAAAUACAUGUCAAAAGUAUAACCAUCUUGGUUGGAUACAUGUGCUUUUCCUUUUCAUUUUUAGUAUAAAUGCAUGUAAAAGUAUAACCAUUUAAACACUGAGCAUUCGUUACUAUCUGUGCUGCAUACAUGUAGCUACUAUGUACAUAUAUGUGUCUGCAGUAUUUAACCCAUUUUUGCCUAGCAUCUAGAAAAAAGGCCCUGACAAACAUGAUGCGGCGUCUCAUCAGGGUCUGUGCUGUUUGCUUAAAGGAAGUUUUGUAAAAAAUAUUCUAAAUAUAGAAAUAAAAAUAUACUAGACAUCCCUAAUUUUGAAAAUAAAUUGAUCCAAUUUAGAAGGAUGGGAGAGUCCACUAGUUAUAAAUGGGUUAACUGAUAAAGCCAGAGUUGUGUUGCUGUUUCACCAUCCCAGAUUUUCAUUAUCUUGUGAAGGUUUAUUGCCAUUGUUUGGCUUUUAUUAUAUGCUGUCCGUGGUUUGUAGAGAAAUAUAAGUGCAUUAAAACUGAUGAUUCACUGUUUCAAACAGUGAAAAUUAAUAUUCACAGUGAACAUUAAUUUCCACUGUUUUACCGUGAAAUGACGUUGUUUUUAUGUCAUGACGUCAUUAUUUUGCGUCAUCCAGUUUUAACACAAAAAUAAUAAUUUGUAAGCAUACAAUAAAAAAAUUGUUGGAUUUGAUGGAAUAUCGAUUUUCAAUCACUUGUGAUCAUAGACAAAAAAAAAAAAAUUCUAUGAUAAAAAGAUUAUUCCACCAAACCAAACAAAUAUCCUUGAUGUAAGAUAUCUUUGAAAUUGGGCCGUUUGUCAUUUAUUUAGGGAAAAUCUAUGUUUCGGCUUGUUUUAAAAAUAAAUUAAAACCAUUGAAUAUUAAUGAAAAAUCUUGGCAGAGGACAAGCUUGAUGGCAAAAAAUGCACGAUACUUUCAGUGGAAAUGUUGGGUGUACUUCUGUUUAAACCCAUUUAUGCCUAGCGUCUAGAAAAAAGGCCUUGGCAAACAGGGUAGACCCAGAUGAGACGCUGCAUGAUGCGGCGUCUCAUCAGGGUCUGCGCUGUUUGCUUAAAGGAAUUUCUGUAAGAAAUAUUCUAAAUAUAAAAAUAAGUAUACUAGACAUCCCUUAUUUUGGAAAUAAAUUGAUCCAAUUUAGAAGGAUGGGUGAGUCCACUAGGCAUAAAUGGGUUUAACACCUUCAACCGAGGAUGUAACUAGCUUCAUUCAAAUGCUUAUGUUGAUACAUGCGUAGGAGCAUAAUUUCGUUCAUUAUGUAUUAGAAGUAAUUAGAGACAAAUUAACUUCAUCAGUUUGUAACACUAUUUAUGGUCCGACUAAAUUAUGAAUAAGUAAUGGUCGCCUUACAAAAAGCUGGUUUUGUAUGAAUAUGAUAUCUUGUGCUACACUAGGGUAUCUGUACUCACAAGAACACUUACCGGUACUUGCAUUUGCAUCCACUUACAGAACAUAUAUUAUCUUACUUCUCAAUUAUAUAUUCUGUCUCUAGUCUGCAACUAUAAUAAAUUGUACUGUGUAUUUAUGUGGUUCCAACAUGAUGAGUUACGAAAGAUCUAGUUUCAAAAAGUCAAUUUUAUGAAAACAUUUUUACUCUGUUUUUGAGUGCAAAACGAGAGUUUAUAUAAUAUGUUAAACAAAUUCUGAGAAUGUGACAUCAUGUGUGUUUAAUUGAAUUCUUAAUCUUGAAGCAUAAUGUUAUUGCUUGCAAUUUUUUGUUCUUAUUUAUAUGAAUUCCUAAUGUGAAAUAAAAUACCAUUGAAUACUAA